UGUUUCUUUGAUACGAAGAGAAAAAGAUGAGAUACAUCAACUUUUGAUUGAGUUAACAUUAAAAAGUCAAUUGACUAUCAGAUUGAAAAAAGUAGAGAUUUGUGAGUCAGAGACCAUUAUAUGGUGGAGAACGAGUAGUUAAGUUAAAAGAGUAAAGUUAGAAGUUAGGUUUGCGAAAGAGGAAAGUUGUUUGAGAGAGCUGAGAUAGGAAAUAAUGUACGGCGGUGGUGAGCGUGAAUGCGAAUCUGAGAGGACGAUGAUGAUUAUGCAGAACGACGAAGAUGAAGAAGACGAAGAAGGUUCUUCUUCUUCUUUCAAGAGCUGGGCAAAGCAAACUGAAGAGAGCUAUCAAUUGCAGCUCGCACUUGCUCUUCGCAUUUCAUCUCACUCUGCUUCUUCCGCUCAAUCCAAUCGCUUCUUGGAUUUGGAAUCCACCUCUUCUCCUUCUCCUUCGUCUUCUUCUUCCGAUUCUCCCCAAUCACUUUCACACCGUUUUUGGGUAAAUGGUUGUUUGCAAUACUCUGACAAAGUUCUAGACGGAUUUUACCUAAUUCAUGGGAUGGAUGCAUAUACAUGGACUAUAAGUACCGAUAUGCAGAAUGUUGGUAUGAUUCCAUCAUUUGAAUCACUAAUGUCGGUUAAACCGUGUGAUAACUCGUCAGUUGUAGUCGUUGCUAUUGACAAAUCAAGAGACCCUGCCUUGAGAGAACUGCAAAGUGGGGUAUUAAGUCUUUCAAGUAACUGGAUUACCAUCAAAGAUGCAACUGAUCAGCUCGCAAAUCUUGUUUGUAGUAGGAUGGGGGGAGGAUCUUCCGAUGAGGAAAAUUUAGGUGCGCGCUGGAAGGAAUGCUCUGAUAUUCUUAAAAGCUGUCUGCAGUGUAUCAUUCUUCCAAUUGGAAGCUUACCCGUUGGCCUUUGUGUUCAUCGAGCAUUGCUCUUUAAAGUGUUAGCGGAUUUAAUCAACCUACCGUGUCGAAUCGCUAAGGGAUGCAAGUAUUGUAGAAAGGACACUGGUGCUUCUUGUAUAGUGCAAUUUGGUUCUGACAGGGAGUAUAUGAUUGAUUUAGUAGGAAGGCCCGGAGAUACAUGCCAACCUGAUUCUUCAGUGAAUUCUGCAUCUUCGAUGUUGAUCCCUUCACCAUUAUGUCAUCCAAGGUUCAAGCCAGUUGAAACAGCUGAAUAUACAAAGACAAUGGCCCAAUUGUAUUUCUUGGACAAUCAAGCACUGCAUCUUGUAUUUGAUACCACGUCAGGAGGUACUGUUGAUUGUAGGGACAAUGUGGAUCUUCAGCAAACUGAAAUGUUUGGUGCAAACUAUGCUGGUGGGAACAACCAUAUAGGUGCUUUCAGUCCUGGUACCGAGGAACAUGUGUCUUUCAAUGAAGCAAACCAAUCAGUAGUGAAUUAUUCGAGUCAUGAAGUUGACCUUGAGGAGGAGGAUCUGGACAUUCCGUGGAGUGAACUUAUUUUGAAGGAGAACAUUGGGACAGGGUCAUUUGGAACUGUACUUCGUGCGGACUGGCGUGGCUCUGAUGUUGCUGUGAAGAUACUUAAGGUGCAAGGUUUUGAUUCCGAACGAUUUGAAGAGUUUCUAAAGGAGGUCACACUCAUGAAGCGCCUACGUCAUCCAAACAUUGUACUUCUAAUGGGCGCUGUUAUCCAGCCACCAAAGUUAUCAAUAGUAACAGAAUAUUUAUCAAGAGGAAGCUUGUAUGAAUUUCUGCAGAUGCCAGGUGUUGGUUCCUCAAUCAGCGAGAAGCGUCGUUUAAGUAUGGCUUAUGACGUGGCAAGUGGAAUGAAUUAUCUUCAUCAAAUGAAACCUCCCAUUGUUCAUAGAGAUUUGAAGUCUCCAAAUCUUUUGGUGGAUGAUUCAUACACUGUUAAGGUAUGUGACUUUGGCCUUUCACGCACAAAGGCAAAUACAUAUCUUUCAUCUAAAACAGCUGCUGGAACUCCUGAAUGGAUGGCACCAGAAGUCAUCAAAGGUGAACUAUCAAAUGAAAAAUGUGAUGUAUUCAGCUUUGGUGUAAUCUUGUGGGAACUGGUGACCCUUCAACAACCAUGGAGGCAGUUAAAUCCUUCACAGGUUGUUGCAGCUGUUGCUUUUAUGGGCAAAAGGCUAGAAAUUCCGAGGCAUGUGAAUCCUCAAGUGGCUGCCUUAAUUGAGCUCUGCUGGUCUACGGAACCAAGGAGGCGGCCUUCUUUCUCCUACAUUAUGAAAUGUUUGCAGCAAAUAAUUGCCAAUGCUAAAGAGUGAAUAAGUUCAUGCAGAUGAUAAAUAGCAAUAUUGAACAAAUAUUAUACUUGGAUUCAGUUUAUUCAGAAUCUUGCUGAAGAGCUGAAUUACGCUGCUGGUUGUUGAUAGAGCAGCAGCAGCCUACCUUUUAGUGUUACAUAUGAUAUACAUAUUAUUCACAAUGCCAUAUUCUAUAUUAUACUUACUUUGGCUGUAUAUAUAAUGAUCAUAUCUUACUUCGGGAUUUGUAAUUCAUUUUACCAUUCUUUUUGAUAAGCGCUCAGUUAUAAUAAUAUUAACCGCUUAUUGUCAA